AUGAUGCCGCGUGUGUACCUCUCCUCCCCGGCUGUCGGUUACCUGUGCCUUCUCCUGUGGGACAUCCAGCCAAUGGCAGCCAUGGAAAUGAGCGGCGGGGCGACCGUCAGCCGGCACCCCCCAGUGGUGACCGCCACCAGGGGAGGGUCCGUGGUCCUGCCCUGCCUUUUGCCCAGGGGAUGGAUCGACCGAAACUACGGGGUGCAGUGGUACAGGACCCCAGGCCCCGCCGGGGCGCGGGACGAGCCGCGCGGACGGGGGGGGGAGGCAGCCGCCAUAUCCUCCCCCGCUCUCCCGCCGCGGUUCUCCCUCGCGGAGCACGCGGCCUCGCUGCGGAUCGCGCCGGUGGCGGCGGAGGACGCGGGCGUGUACUCCUGCGUCGCGAAAACCUUGGGACAGAGCCCGUACCGGGGGAACGGCACCGAACUUCGAGUCCUGGCGCCCCCUUCAGUCCCGCACCUCUUCCUGCAGGUGCCGUCAGACCUGUGGUCGGGACAGUGGAACCUGUUCUGUGUGACGGGGGGCUUCCACCCAAAUCAGGUCAGACUCAGCUGGACGCAAAAUGGCGCUGAGUCAGAACUGCAGGACUGCACGCCUGGGUCAGCUGAUCCGGGGCCUGUCCAAACGAACGGCUCGGUUCGGCAGAACCUGACACUGGAGGAGAACGAUGACUCCGCCCCCAAAGUGUGGCUUCCUGUCAGCCUGGUGAUGGAAGUGAAGCCCCGCCCACAUCAGCAGUGUAUCUUCGUGACUGACAGCUCUGGCCGGGGGCCUUAUCUUGUUAGUGUGCUGCCUCUCUCCCUUGGUCCUGCUGCCGGGGUCACCUACACCUGUACAGUCCGUGACCACCCAGCAUUACCGACCGCACUGUCUGCCUCCCUCAACUGGGAACCGCCGUCCGGCGAUGCCAUCCGAUGCCUGAACGUCAUUAAAAUUUGCCUCCUCGCCGGAGUCGCCUUGGGAUUCGCCGUUGCAGCUCUGAACUGGCUGUUUAAGAAGAGGGAGCCUUGUCACCUUUAAGACAGAAAACUACAUUUCAAGAGAGGAACGGACCCUUUAGAAGACCCUUAAGAAGUGGCAGCAACAUCCUCGACACUCAAAACGCCUGAUUUUCAAGACCCACAACAUUUUUAAGCUCCUUAGCUCCCUCAGUUAUACAGAAAUAAACACAUUC